ACAACGGCUGUCAGUAUGCCAAUGACUAGUGGUAUAGACGGCGAUCCGUUUGCCCAAUCGUUUGGGUCGAUGUCGUUGUCGUCCGCGGGCGGCGAUUGGGCCAACUUCGAUGAGGACAGUCCCACGUCGGCCACCGGCUCACCGCUAAUACAGUCGCAACAGUCACGUGAUAAUAACGCAGACUCUUCCGCCACCGGUGCCAACAAUAAGCCAUUCGUAUUGACGCUCAGUCGGCAAAAUGUCGGCAGCUUUACGACAUCGACUGCCGGCGACCGGUCAUCGGGCGGACACCAGUCGGCCAGCAGUUAUAACUCGUCGUCUUCUUCAUCGGCGGCAUUACAAUCGCUGUUUAAUUCAUCCCUCGGACACCACAAUCAGCUAAACAUGCCUCAACAGAUGAACAACGUGUCACCCGCUGUGGCCAACAGUAGCAGCGAUUCGGUGUCCUUAUCUCCCCGACCGGUUCAACAACAACAGCAGGCAUUCAAUAUACCGGUUGCCAAUCAUUCUGUGAGCGGUUCCAGCAAUUCAUCCACCGAUCGGUAACUAUUCAAUCGCUGAGAUU